AUCCCCGAUGUAGUUGUGUGUAUGUGUUGGAUGAGUAUAAUAUGUGUCAUGCUUUCUGUGUGUGUGUUUAGAACACGGCUGGGUGGGAAAUAACAAAGACUGUCGGCUGACGAGAUUAUUUUUUCUUUCUAAAUCAGAGCAGAGGGGAGAAAAAAGGGGACGAAUUAAAUCUGCGGCAUUUGUGUAUGUGUGUCUGCCGAUAGAAGAGUUUUAGGCCUAUAAUAUAAUCUCACGUAGUACAUCGGCUUCGCAGAAUUUCUAAUCUCUCACUUUCAUACUCUCCGGAUGUGAGUUGCAAACUUUCGGAAACCCAUGAUUCAUAAAUAUUUCAUAAAUUGAUGAUCACUUCGUCACGGAUAGGACAUACAUGUAGGCAUAUCAAAGCCGCUCUGUCAACUCCUGCGUGAAUAUCAGACUUUUUGGCCAGGUUAAUUGGCACAAACCUUUCUCAACCAUGUGCAAGUGUUGCAAGUGCUGCAGCUUCGAUUCGCUAGGAUGCAGACUUCGGACCCUCAAGGCCUUUGGCGCCAUCCUCUUCGUCUUUGGGACGUUGUUCGCCCUGGCCGGAAUCACCAUCGGGUUUCUCUCCGACCUAUACUUUAACGUCAUCUCUCUACCGGAUGUCUUCCCUGAAUACAUCCUCUAUUCUUACCUGGUGGUGUCUACAGGUGUAGUGGCAGUGGGUACCGGAGUCGUUGCUAUAUACAUCGCCAAGACAAUGACUGACGAUGACUGGAGUACUCGCGGCCUGGCUAUCUUAGCACUUCUCACGAUCGUGUGCUCAUUGGCUAGCGUUGGAGUCCCAGCAUGGCCACUCUACGAAAACGGAUAUUUCUUUGGCAUUCCACCCCAGACAUCGACAAAUAUGACGCCCUCUACGGCCAUCAUGACAACUCCAUUGGCUGUGACAACGGUACCGAUGACUACGGUCGAAAGUGACAUGGCGACCAAUGCGACUGUCACAAAUGGGACAUCGAAUGAUACAAAUGGGACUGCAGAUAACUCGACAGCAUCAGGUGGUGCCAAUAUGACGUCACCCAAUGUGACAGCACCCAAUGUGACGGCAGAAAAUAUGACGACACCGAAUGUGGUGACGCCAAAUGUGACGUCGCCAAAUGUGACGUCGCCAAAUGCGACGACGCCAAAUGUGACGUCACCGAAUGUGACGUCACCAAAUGUGACUUCCUCAAAUAUGACAUCAGACAAUAGCAGCUCAUCAGGGAUGAUGACAACACCGGAAGUUACGUCAGGAACUGUGAUGGAUACCACCGGAAAUUCGACUGUUCUUCCAACCACUCGAGAACCGAUUAACUUUGAUGAGUGGUUAUUGCUGAUGGCACCCUUUGGGAUAGUUAGUUUCUUCGCCUUUAUAUUUAUUCUUCUCAGUCUAUUCAUAUGCUGUAUAGCAUGCUGUUGUCCGGAGCGAUCAGAGAUCGUGGAUGACAUGGAAUUGUAUAAGACUUAGAAUGGUGAUUUGGCGCAGAUGUUUACUCAAACGUGGAGUCUGGGUGAUAGACUACGUAGGCCUACUGUUGACGUCAUCGUUUGGUCUCCCUCCGCCGAUACCAGCAAGUGACUAAAUAAACAACAACUAACCUUCCUUCUUUAAACAAAAUUUUUGUUUCCUUUACUGUAAAACCUGGGGUAUCAAACCAGCCCCAAUUGGUGUCGGACCACAUCUAAAGGUGUUAAAGUUACGCCGUAGAUAUUGAACUUAACACCAAAGAGUAUCGACUAAACUAAAUGUGUCGUAAUAAGACCAAUGCAUGUUAAGCCAACGCUGUAAUUUUAACCCCACAUGGUUUGCUUUUUAGCAUUAUCGUUCUGAAUAGAACAUAUUAUGCCCCCUUUUGGAUCUAACUGCUGUAUAUUUUCUCUUUUAGCAGCCAAGCCAAAGUAUUAUUGUUUUACACUUAUUGUACUUCCCUGCAAUUAUAUCAAAAGCAUUGAACAUUGUAGAAACAUUAUUAUGUAAUCCGAAAGCCAUUCGAAAAAAUGGCAUUGAUUGUAUAUCGUAAGGAUGGAGCUCCAACAUGAUAUCAUUACGAGCAUUGAAAAUGUGCAAAAUUCAAAUGUCUUUUUUUCGGUAGUGGGGUCACUUUUAGUGAUUUUAAUUCGUAUUUUGAGGAAUUUUACUAUUGUAACAAUUCCUCAAUCCAUGUUUAUCUGAAAUUGCAAUUUUAAAUUUUAUCAGAAUCCUUAUGCUUCCAAUAUCUCAUGCUAGAUAUAAAAUGAUUUACAUUAUUUCAUAUUGAUGCUCAUGUUGGCUAUGAUGUACACGUGGAUGCAUGCCCUGUGUACCUUAUUUCUGAAGAGUCAAAUUUGACUCGGAAUGGCGUCAGUUGGGAGUCAAUUGUGUUUCGAGUCAAAGUGACUCCUUUCCAAUAUAUUUUUACUGGGAGUUGAGUGAUAUUUUAAAGCUAAUGUCACACCAUUUGACUGGGAAUUGACUUGACCCACUACUGACACCAUUCCGAGCCAACUUCAUUCAGAGUCUGAGUCAAUUGCACUCGAACUAAAGUUGUUUUGACUCACAGCUGACACAAUUCUGGGUCAAAGUUGAAUCAGCAAUAAUAAGUGAUUUGAUAUGAUUAGAUACUGCAGGAUACAGGGUAUAUAGAGCGUUCUCAGAAGUUUAAAAAUGUGUUGAUUCAUUGUUUAUGGUCUGAUGCGCAGGUUAAUUGUUAUGCCAUCCACUGUGACGUCACCUGAAAAAACGUUUUAUAGAUUCACUAUUUUGGUAAACUAAUCAAUAUUUAUGCUGCAUACGACAAGAGGUGUGGGCUAUAUUGAUUAUAAAUAUGUAAUUUUCUGCAAGCAGUCGAGGCGGCGAUGGAUCGGAAGUUUGUUCAAAGUUCAAGUGCACCAAUGAGCGGAAUCAGGAUCAUGAAUUCAAUGAGGGAGCGGCUAAGUAGGGGCCUAAGAUUGACGUCCUAUAACCUUCUCAAAUGAAUUAAAGCGGUAUGUCGGGAUCUCUCAAAUUUGUUGUUUUCUUCCGCUUUCUUCCCUUUUUAAAAUUUAACUACUGGGCAAU